AGCCCUGCACACGAAACCACGUGCGUCGAGCUGGGAGCACCGUCCAUAUCCCCGUCCAGUCCACAUCCCCGUCCUCAGCACCUCCACGCCCCACAGCUUCUCCGCAACUAUGUCGCUCUUCUACUCCACAUUCCGCGGCUACCUCACUUCGCAAGACGGGCGUGCUCUCGGCGCCCUCCUCAAUCCGACCCGCAGCGACGUUUCGUCCUUCGCGUACUCGUCGAACCACGUCUCGAUCCGCUCCACCGUGUCUAAGGAACUCGGCGGAAUCUCGUCGUUCCGCAAUGGAAUCACCGACAAGGGGCAAAAGGCAUGGGUCGACACCGUGGUCGCGUACUGGGAGGUCGUGUAUGAGCUUGAGCGCGGCGAUACCGGCCGCCAAAUUGGCGAUGAGGGAGAUAUGGGCUAUUGGGGGCGCGCAUACAAUAAACAGAGCAACCUUACAACGUCCAUAUCGAGAGGUUUCGCCAACGGCGGAUGGCCGAAUUGGUUGCUACCCGUCCUAUACGUAUCGUGUCGGUACCUGCGGAACUUUGCGAUCUUGGCAGAUGAAGAGGACAAGAAAGACGGGAAAAAGGCCGAGAAGCUGGAGGAUGCGGCGCGGUACCUCAACAAGAUGUUCACGCUGUGUCUGAGCGACCGCGCUCCUCUAGAGGAGAGCAGGAAGUGGGGGACAUAUUAUAUUGUCAACCUGCUGUUCAAGACAUACUUUAAGCUUAACGCAAUAACAUUGUGUAAGAACGUGAUGCGAGCUCUGACGGCCACAACAACGGACAUGCCGCCUCUCAACGCCUUCCCCAAGUCUCACGUCGUAACCUUCAAAUACUACGUCGGGGUAAUCAACUUCCUCGAAGAAGACUACGUGGCCGCGGAAGAGAACCUUCUCGAGGCUUUGCAAAGCUGCCAGACCGGCUCCUCUAAGAACCAAGAACUAAUCCUGACCUACCUCAUUCCCGCGCACCUCAUGACCACCCACCAGCUCCCCACCGCCACGCUCUUCAGAAACUACCCGCGCCUCCAACACCUCUUCCAAACAAUCUGCAACACAAUCAAGACCGGCAACCUACAGGCCUUCGACAAAGCGCUCGAGGCGCACGAAGACGACUACGUCCGCCGGCGCAUCUACCUCACGCUCGAGCGAGGCCGCGACAUCGCGCUGCGAAACCUGUUCCGCAGGGUGUUCAUCAUCGGCGGGAAGAAGACGAGGAUUCCGGUAGAGGAAUUUCGGCGCGCGAUGGGAUUUGCUACUGCCGGUAAGGACGGCGGGACCAGGAAGGAGGUCGAGCCGGAAGAGGUCGAGUGUCUCCUGGCCGGAAUGAUCUACAAGGGCCUCAUGAAGGGGUACAUCUCCCGUGAAAAGAGCAUGGUGGUGCUCAGCAAUAAGGAAGCAUUUCCCGGGACUGGCGUGUAGACGAAUGGAAUGGGGAGACUUGAUGUAACUAUUUGCUUUGAUGUGCGUUGACGAGAAUGAAUAGGCAGUCUACAUAUGCUGUACUUUAGAUGAAAAACGAGAAUACCUAUUU